UUGCUUGCGGAUCUUUCAACUCUGCGCGAACCCUAGUCUCCUGAAACCAAACAACUUCGAUCAAAACAUGGCGCUUGCUUCUCGUUUCCUCUCCAGAUCCAAGCAGCUCCAUGGCAGUGUGGUCGCUUUGCAGCAGCAGCAUGCUAUUUCGGUUCGUUCCUUCGCCAAGGAAACUGGAGCUGCUCGCCCUACAUUUAAAGGAGACGAGAUGUUGAAGGAGGUCUUCAUGGAGAUCAAGACCAAAUUUCUGGCUGCAGUUGAUGUUCUUCGCAAGGAAAAGAUCACCAUUAAUCCAGAUGACCCGGCUGCUGUACGGCAGUAUGCAAAUGUCAUGAAGACAAUCAGAAAAAAAGCAGACAUGUUCUCAGAAUCUCAACGAAUUCAGUAUGACAUUGACAUAGAGACUAAGGAGAUUCCAGAUGCCCGUGAAUACUUGUUGAAGUUGCAGGAGAUUCGCGAGAGGAAGGGCCUUACUGAUGAGCUUGGUGCCGAGGCUAUGAUGUUUGAGGCUCUCGACAAAGUCGAAAAGGAAAUAAAAAAGCCUCUUAUGAGGGACGAUAAGAAAGGAAUGGCUCUUUUGAUGGCAGAAUUUGACAAGAUCAACAAGAAGCUUGGAAUCCGAAAAGAAGAUCUUCCUAAAUAUGAGGAAGAGUUGGAACUCAAAAUCGCCAAAGUGCAGUUAGAGGAGCUGAAGAGUGAGGCUCUGGAAGCCAUGGAAGCUCAGAAAAAGAAGGAGGAAUUCCAAGACGAGGCUAUGCCGGAUGUGAAAUCCUUGGACAUCCGUAACUUCAUAUGAAGGUGUUAUGGCCUGUGUCAUUUUGAUUUUGUUUUAAAGCUGUUGACUCACUCAGAAGGCAAAACGAUCCUCCUGUCUGUCUGUAUUCAAUGGGAAGAUCGGCCCUCUGCUAUUUUGCUUUGGUAAUUAAUAAGGUAACCCUGGAUUGAAUGGGGUUGCUUGCUC